AUGAAACUGAUGAUUGAUUCUGAUGCUUAUUAUGCUGCUGCUGCUGAAAAUUAUUAUUAUUUAAGUGAUGAUUAUUCUUAUUCAGAUUAUGCUGAUUCUUAUUAUCAUGAUUUUUUUGAUGCUUAUUAUGCUGCUGCUGAUCAUUAUUAUUAUUUAAGUGAUGAUUAUUCUUAUUCAGAUUAUGCUGAUUCUUCUCAUUCAGAUUAUGCUGAUUCUUAUUAUCAUGUUGUUUUUUUAUUUUGAUGCUUAUUAUGCUGCUGCUGAUCAUUAUUAUUAUUUAAGUGAUGAUUAUUCUUAUUCAGAUUAUGCUGAUUCUUAUUAUCAUGUUGUUUUUUUAUUUUGAUGCUUAUUAUGCUGCUGCUGAUCAUUAUUAUUAUUUAAGUUAUGAUUAUUCUUAUUCUGAUAACGCUGAUUGUUAUUAUGUUUUUUUUGUUGAUGAUUAUUAUUAUUGUUGUGCUGAUUAUUAUUAUUAUUAUUUAAGUGAUGAUUAUUCUUAUUCAGAUUAUGCUGAUUCUUAUUAUCAUGUUGUUUUUUUUAUUUUGAUGCUUAUUAUACUGCUGCUGAUUAUUAUUAUUAUUUAAGUGAUGAGUAUUCUUUUUCUGAUAACGCUAAUCCACUGCACUGAGUUAUGCAACAAAAAUGGACGUUUAGAUCGUUGUUAUAUUUACAUUUGUAUGGUUUCAGCAUUUUUCAUAAAGGCGCAAUGCAACUUCCGUGCAUUUUAGUGAUUGAAGUAAUUCUCCAAGUGCAAAAUUAGUUGAAUAAUAGCUAUUUAAAGUUAUUACUUCCUGUAAGUCAUAUUUCUGGAACUCAGCUAAUUUUUGACCUAGAAAGUUGGUUCAACCACUUAAAUUAAUGAAAAAAAUCGUUGUCCAUAGAAAUUACCAUGUGCAUGCACAAAUCUAAGCAUUUGUAUAAAAUACUGAGACAAUAAUAAUCGCGUUUUUCCCGAUUUCCCCGUGUUUUUUCCAGACUAUCACAUUUGCUAAGAAAACUCUCGGAAAAAUCGAAAAAUUACCUGUUUAGAAUACCUUCACAGUCAAAUUUAAUUUCAAAAAAGUGCGAUCAUUGUAAAUCGAAGCAAAAUUGCUGAUAGAAAGGUUGUACAUAGAAAAAAAAAAAGGCCGUAAUAUAUUUUGACUGAUAUGUAUCAUACAUUUCUAAUAUUUUCCGUUUUUUUUUCGGUUUUUCAAAUUUGAUGUUGUGCAUGGAUAAAAAAAAAAUAAACAUCUUUAACCAUAAGCUUCUCUGCUCCACUCAGAAUCUAAAAACUAUAACCUAGUAAGUGAUAGCAUUAAAAAAAAUUAAAAGGUAGAACCCGUCUGGAAAUAGAAAAAACUAAGGAUCAAGAUAGAGUGAAAGUAUACCGAGGAAAACUAAAUAAUGAACUGAUAAAAGCAAUUAAAAAUACAGAGCAAAACCUUGAAGAUAUCUGGAACAUAUUUAAAGAUUCAAUAAACAAAUCAGCAGAGGUAUUUAAAAAAGAAAACGCAUUCAACGGUAAGUAUUCGUGGUUCAAUGAACGGUGCAAGGAAGCCAUAGAAAGACGCACGGAACCAAGAUUAAAAAUGAUACAAGACUACAAUAAAGCUGCAAGCAAAAUAUUAAGGCAGGAAAAAGAGCAGCCGAAAAACGACUUAUUCAAAAAAUAGAAGAACAUAGGCUCAAUCCAAGGUUGUUCUUCAAAAAAUGCAGAUCGGUAAAAGAAGGCUUUAAAGCUCAAACUCGUAUGGUCAAGGACCACGAGGGAAACCUGAUAACGGAUGAAGAAGGAAUCAUCCAGAAGUUUCAAGCACAUUUUAAGAACAUUCUAAAUGUCGACCAAGAAAUAAGGGAGGAAAAUGUAAGUAUGAUCUACGAUACAGCGUCUUCUAGAUAAAAUCUCGACCUUAAAAAACAACGAAGCCCCCGGUGAAGAUAAUAUUAACUCUGAGCUAUUAAAGAUCGGUACUCAACAACUUAUGACCAAAAUUCACGAGCUACUAAAAGAAAUAUGAGAUACUAAUCGAAUACAUGAAGAUUGGAAAACAGCCGUUAUCUGUCCCAUAUACAAAAAGAGUGAUCCUAUGGAUACAAGCAAUUAUCGGGGAAUCACGGUACUAAACUCAUGCUACAAAAUCCCUGGCAUUAUUACGCAGGUUGGAGGUAUACUAUAGAGACUUACUAGGAGACUAUCAAAGUGGUUUUUUGAGAGGAAAGUCCACCUCUAAUUAUAUUUUCAUAAUCAGACAAGUGAUGGAAAAAUUCUAAGAAUUCGCAAAUGAUAUCCACAUGUGCUUUGAAUCCCCAAGAAACUUAUCGAUCUCAUAAAAGCUCGCAACGCGCGUACUGUAUACAAAUUGGAGUUUUGCAACAGCACAUCUGACAGUUUUGAUGUUAGCACAGAACUCAAACAGGAUGAUACCCUGUCGCCAGACCUUUUCAAUCUAACGCUUGAAAAGGUGAUUAGGUCAAUACCAAUGCAUCAAGGCAUAUACAUAUGGAUGCAUCUGUUGUGA